CCCCUCCCACACCCCCGUAGUUCCGCUUCCGGCAGCACCAGAUAAGUCGCGAGAGGAGAGUUAAAGCCUGCCGUUUGCAUUUAGGACCACUUCGGUUCACGAUGGUCCGUAGUGGGAAGAAUGGUGACCUUCAUCUCAAACAGAUUGCAUAUUAUAAACGGACAGGCGAAUAUCAUCCCACUACACUGUCAAGCGAGAGAAGUGGCAUAAGACGAGCAGCCAAGAAAUUUGUCUUCAAAGAAAAGAAGCUGUUUUACGUUGGAAAAGACAGAAAACAAAAUCGUUUGGUAGUUGUUUCAGAAGAGGAGAAGAAGAAAGUCCUAAGAGAAUGCCAUGAAAACGGCACUGGUAUCCAUCACGGCAUAUCCAGAACUCUCACUCUAGUGGAGUCCAGUUACUACUGGACUUCUGUGACCAAUGAUGUCAAGCAGUGGGUAUAUGCCUGUCAGCAUUGCCAAGUAGCGAAAAAUACACUUCUGGUGGUGCCUCAACAGCAGCUCCUCACAGUGGGAAGCCCGUGGAGUGUGGUGACCGUUGACCUGAUGGGACCUUUUCAUACAAGCGACAGAAGUCAUGUGUAUGCCAUAAUCGUGACGGAUUUGUUCACAAAAUGGGUUAUGAUUUUGCCUUUAUGCGAUGUUUCAGCGUUGGAAAUUUCUAAAGCUAUUAUCAAUAUAUUUUUCUUAUAUGGACCUCCUCAGAAAAUAGUAAUGGAUCAAAGAGAUGAAUUCAUUGAACAGAUAAAUACAGAACUGUAUAGGUUGUUUGGUACAAAACAGAUGGUGAUUUCUCAUGCUUCUGGAAGUGUCAGUCCCUCUGAAAGUACACCUAACACAAUCAAAGCCUUUCUCUGCAAACACUGCGCCGACCACCCCAACACCUGGGAUGAGCAUCUGCCCGCACUUUCCUUUGCCUUCAAUGUCACUCACUCUGAGCCGACCAAAAACACGCCGUACUUCCAGAUGUUCAACCGGAGCCCUCUCAUGGUGGAGUGCCUUCAUGAAGUGGGUGGGGAAAAUACAAGCAUGUUUGCCAGAAUCCUAGCUGCCAUUAGAGAGGCGGAUGCAGGGUUGGAGAACAAGACACCGUCAGCUGGCCAGAUGGAGAACAGCAAUAUGGAAGAGCCAAGCAAAAGCAAGACUGUUAAAAAGAAAGCAAAGCAGUUAAAUCCAUUUCACUUGAAAGUGGGUCAUGAAGUUUUAAGACAGAGGAAGAACUGGUGGAAAGAUGGCCGUUUCCAGUCUGAGUGGGUUGGUCCUUGUGUCAUAGACUACAUCACAGAAAGUGGGUGUGCUGUCCUGAGAGACAAUACCGGGGCCCGACUUAAAAGGCCGAUCAAAAUGUCCCACCUCAGGCCUUAUGUGAGAGAGUCCACCGAGCAAGACAGUCUUUAUCUCUUGCAAGGCUCAGUAGUAGCAGAUCACGACUAUAUUGGAUUACCUGAAAUCCCAGUUGGAGCAUACCAGGCAAAUAUUCUGGUAGAAGAUGCAACUAUUGGUGUUGCUGAUAAUGAAUUAUUGGCAUCAGGCAAGGAUCAUGAACUCUUGGAAUAUAGAAAUUCCAAGAUCUCUGCAUUGGUAGAGGAUCAGAGUUCUCUUGAGAAACAAACUUUCAGUCUUCUGGAUUCUUCAAAUCAAGUCCUUGAAUACUUAAGUUAGUAAAUACCAAAAUUAUUUUUCAAAUGCUUGCUUAGAAUGUAUAUACUCCUAGAUUGUAAGCACUUUAUUAAAAUAUGCUGUAUAGAAGAAAUAUCUUAGUACAAUAUUAUUAAAUAAAUUCUGAAGGCUUAUUUUAAACCUAUGUAAAGUUGUGACACAUUUGAAAACAAACUAAUAUACCUAACAGACGUAUACAAUGCUGAGAAUUCAGGAAUCUCUCAGAGAACAGAAAAAAUCCAGUUGCUUCUUUGUAAAUAAAUUCUAGUAGAAAAUUCUCAAACCUUCUUCUAAUAUUAAUACUGCAUUUUCUAUUCUAAAUUUUUUGGUAAUAUCUCACUUAGAAAUAAAUUUAAACUGCUUAUGGUUUAGUUAAUAAAUGUUGAAUGAACAAUAA